AAAGUUGAUGCACGACCCCUGACAUGUCAACAACGUCUGCGUUUGUUUACAUUUCAGAACAGCUUGUUUUUGUGCUCUGCAUGAAUAGGAACGAUUAUUCUUGUUUCGUACGGGUUCUGUGCUCUGUUUAAUUUUUACCCGUUAAUUUCUAUUGAAUCAAUAUGGACAAAUCUUCCUUUGCGGCAAAACGUCGUCAAGAUAAGCUUCACAAGAAAGCACCUCCGCCGAAACCGGCUAAGCAAAAGGGCAACCAAAAGGCUCCUGAAGUUCAACAUACAGCACCACUCGUAGUCUGUGACGAUCGUUACGGCAAGCGUCAGCUGCAACAAAACUGGUCCGAAGAUCGGGAUUUGCUUUCAAGCGACAGCGACACGGACGACGGGCAACUGCAGGCGGCAGACUUUGAGAAGUUGCUCGAACUUCCUCCAUCGAGUGCGAGUCACUUUCUUCUUAGUUCGGAAAAACGCUGGCUACAACCGGACACUGAACUACCGGGAGAGGAUGAUAAUAAUCGCUACAGUGAGUACUUCCGGAUCGAUACUAAGCUGUUGAAUGCUAGUUUGGGCUGCAUUCCGUUCUAUGAAAGGCAUGGCUAUGAGCAUGAACUGUUUAGCACACUGGAGCUUAACUUAAUGCGUCAGAAGGCGGAGAUAAAUACAAAGCAAUACCAGCAAAAGUACGCAGAUCAGCUUCCUUCAAAACCACAGUCAGGUCCAAUUUCGCGCAACAAUAAGGAAAGCAUGCCUUUAGCAAAGAAACCUCAACCAGCGCCGUGUUUUGUUGGCGCAUUUGCCAAACCGAAGGAUAGUGUCGUACCAAUUAAGAGUCCAGAGAUAAGCCGUGUGCCUAACGACGUAGUUCUGAUUCAACCAAUAGACGCAAAAAUGAAGGAAUUGGCAGUUAUCUCCGAACCGAGUGAAAUCGUCCCUAAAAUUGUACCCAGCAUUGUGCCAACCGUUCAACCAGCCACAGCAAAACCACAAUCUAGCUCAACGAAUGAUACAAAGGAAGAAAUUCAACAGUGGCUGGAUGAUAUUUUGGACAUUUAAUAAAGCAUUCUGAUUUCGUUCACGAUACACUGCUAGCUUGUAAACAGCAACACAA